AAAAGGCUUUUGUUUGGUUUGUGUUUUUCCCAUAGUGCCCCUUUCUUUUCCGUCGGCAGUUUAUUUUGUAGCCUUGUGAGGAACAAAUAAGAGGGGAAUUUGAAGGGCCCCUCUCACUCAAAGGUGUCAAGCACAUUUUUUUGUUUGUAUUUUGUGUUUGUGUAGCAAAGGGUGGUGUGGUGGUGCUUCUUGUGCUUGGUUGGUGGUGGGGUGCGCAGGAUAAGCGGCAAAGUAGGGUGAAGGUUAGGGAGAGAAAAGAAUCAGGGAACCCAUUUAAAAAAGGGGGAUAAAAAUUGUUCUUUUUAUUAACAACAACAACAACUCAUUAUAGUUUUAAGGCCAUUUAAUUGGUUCCUUUUGUGUCUCUCUGUGUGUUAUAAAUCCUUCAUGGUUUUUAGUGACCCUUUGGGUUGUAUUGUGAGUCUAGGAUACCCACUUUGAGAAUUCUCACAAAGUUGCAUGCUUUUGGAUUGGAAGGUUGUUGCAAUGGGGAAGGUUGUGUUGGUUUUGCUUUGCAUGUUGUUGGUGGUGCCUUUGGCUUGUUCUGGUUCAAGUCAGAAGCUUGAGGUUCAGAAGCACUUGAAGAGCUUGAAUAGGCCUCCUGUUAGGUCCAUCAAGAGUCCUGAUGGAGAUAUGAUUGACUGCAUCCAUGUCUCACACCAGCCGGCUUUUGAUCACCCUGACCUCAAAAAUCACAAGAUUCAGAUGAAACCAAAUUUCCAUCCAGAAGGGCACCCUUUUGGAGAAAGCAAAGUGUCUUCAAAUUCCAAGCCUAUUUCUCAGCUGUGGCACCAAAAUGGGAGAUGCCCUGAAGGAACAAUUCCUAUCAGAAGGACCACAAAGAAUGACAUAUUAAGGUCAAGCUCUAUUCAGCAAUUUGGAAAGAAGAAGCAAAAGAGCUUCCCUCAGCCAAAACCUGCAAAACCUCUACCUGACCUCAUUAGUCAGAGUGGCCACCAGCAUGCCAUAGUUUAUGUGGAGGGAGAUAAGUAUUAUGGAGCCAAGGCAACCAUAAACGUUUGGGACCCAAAAAUUCAACAACCCAAUGAAUUUAGCCUGUCUCAAAUGUGGAUUUUGGGUGGCUCUUUUGGUCAAGAUCUCAACAGCAUUGAGGCAGGUUGGCAGGUCAGCCCAGAUUUGUAUGGAGACAACAACACUAGACUCUUCACUUAUUGGACAAGUGAUGCAUAUCAAGCUACUGGUUGUUAUAAUCUCCUUUGCUCUGGCUUUAUUCAAAUUAACAGUGAUAUAGCACUGGGAGCAAGCAUCUCCCCACUUUCUAAGUAUGGUUCUUCCCAAUAUGAUAUCAGCAUCCUGGUCUGGAAGGACCCCAAAGAGGGUAACUGGUGGAUGCAAUUUGGGAAUGACCAUGUUAUGGGAUACUGGCCAGCUCCUCUCUUCUCGUACCUCACUGACAGCGCGUCAAUGAUUGAGUGGGGAGGAGAGGUUGUGAACUCCGAAUCCGAUGGCCAACACACCUCAACUCAGAUGGGAAGUGGCCAUUUCCCUGGGGAAGGUUUUGGCAAGGCUAGUUACUUCAAGAACAUUCAGAUUGUUGAUGGUGACAACAAGCUCAGAGCACCAAAAGACCUUGGCACUUACACUGAACAAGAUAGCUGCUACAAUGUGCAAACUGGCAGUGCUGGAGAUUGGGGUAACUACUUCUAUUAUGGUGGUCCUGGAAGAAACCCAAAUUGCCCUUGAACUUGAUCAUUCAUGUUAAGCAAAGAAAAGUACAAAAAAAAAAAAAGAAGAGAAGACUAGGUGUUAUUUUUAUCUAGUGUAGCUAUUUUGGUAACUUGUGGUGGUACCACUUAGUGUUCUGGUGUAUAAUGAAGCUCUCUAUAAGUCUCCAAAAAAAAUUGUUGGAGAGAAAGGGUGGUGGGUUUCUUAGAUUUACAAGAAACAAGUUUCUUCAUUGGUUUUUCCUGUUUAUAUAUAAUAUAUAUUUGUUGUUUUUGUUUGCUCCUCUCUCAGGAGCUGUGAAGGCUGAGGUGUGAAUGUGAACAGAAUAUUUUAUUAUGUGACAGGAGAGUCUGUAUUUUUUUUUUUUCUAUUUUACUGCCAUCUUUGAUUAGUGAAAAGCUGUCUUAAUAAGGACACAUUUGUUUAAGAUAUU